AUGUCUGUUCUAAAUCCAACAGGCCCAAAAUCGCCACCGCUGGUGUUAAAUGCCGAAUCAGCAUUUGUGGGACGAGACUUGGCGGCCCUUAACGACCCACUGGCGUCUUUUGCCCUGCCCCUUGCGUGUAUUGGCCUCAUUGACCUCAAUGCCUUUUUCGCCCAGUGUGAACAGAUUCGGCUAGGGAAAACCAUCGACGAUCCCGUGGUUUGCUGCCAGUGGCAGUCGCUUAUUGCCGUGCUGUAUGCGGCGCGCAAGUAUGGCAUAGGCCGGAUGGAUUCGCUUCAAAGUGCUCGAGAAAAGUGUCCCGGGUUGAUUGUAGGGCAUGCGGCGGUGUUUCGGAAAGGAGAGGCUCAUUGGCAGUACUUGGACAAGCUCCCGGACCAGCUGCUUCACAAGGUGUCGCUCGACCCGUAUCGGCGCGAGCUGCGGAAGAUCAUCAAGGUUCUCAAACGGGAAUGUGAUUUGGUGGAGAAAGCCAGCGUGGACGAGUGUUACUUGGACUUUGGACGUGCUGUUUAUGCGAAGAUGGUAGAGGCAUUCCCUUUUUUGGAAAGCGUCGGCCCAGACGAGCCGCUUCCGCCUGUUCCUCUGCUCCCACUGGACUUUUACUGGGUCGGAGGAGUACAGACAGAGGAAGAAACGACAAAGGCACAAGAUGAGCCCGCGCAGAGUGAGACUAACGGCGAAGAAUUGGUUCAAGAAGAGAAGCUUGGUCUAAAUGAUCUCAAAAAACCAAAACAACCCGAAAACUCUCCUCCUGUUCAGGACUGGGAUGACGUCUGCAUCCUUGUCGCUUCCCAACUACUAUACAAGGCCCGUUGCGCCAUCUACAGCGAACUCAAGUACACCACUUCUGGCGGCGUCGGCAACUCCAAAACUGUCGCCAAGUUGGCUGGUGGCUUCAUCAAGCCGGAUUUUCAAACUGUUGUUCCUCCGAGACUGGCCAAGGCAUUUUUCUCCCAUUUCCACCUUUCUGAUUUCACCAUGAUGGGUGGGAAAACAGGCGAGUUGGUGCUUCAGAAGCUUCUGGUUCCACCCGAUUGUAACUCCAUCGAAUACAUCCGCGAAAACUGGCCCUUGGACCGAAUCGAAGCGCAGUUUCCGUCCGAACCACAGUUGGCCAGAAAAGUGUAUGAGCUCGUUCGGGGCAUCCAUCAUCAGGAGCUAAAGUUGCGGACGGACGUCAAGUCUAUGAUGUCUCGCAAAAACUUCACCGCCAAAAACCCAGUAAAUACAUUGUCCGACGCCUUUGACUGGAUCAAAGUGUUUGUCGGUGAUUUGUAUGGUCGUCUUGUCGAACUUGACGACGAAAAUAUGAAUCUUUCUGCAUCUCAAUCCCAGGCCCAGGGUUACAUUUAUCGGCCAAGGACAGCCAGCAUCCAAGUAACUACUACUAGUUAUUCUCGCUAUUCCAAACAAACAUCUAUUGUUGUGCUUCGAGACCUCGACAAAUUCCGCCAUAAUUUGGAGGUGACUGGCUUUCGUUUGUUUUGCGAGCUUAUGGAUGGGACAAAAGCAUCAGAAAUGAAUAGUGGACUACGGUUUAAAGACUUCAAGUUGCUGGAUUUGGACAAAACCGUCCACAUUCCGUCUUUGGCGAAUUUGUCCUUGGUUGUCUCUAACUUUGUGAAAACUUCCGAUGCUAAUCUCAUUGACUCAUAUGGAAAAAGUGGAAACACAGAAAGUGACAUGAAGCGGCUUUUUGAUGAAAUUAAUAUUCCCAAGGAAAACCCCCCACCACCUCCAUCAAAAGUCAAAGCUACUCGGAGUAAUUCCUACAUUAGGAAGCUUUUCACUGAUUUUGAGGCGCAAAAAGCGGAAGAAGCAAAGACAGACGAUGCUCCAAAUACACACUCGGGUUUCAAAGAGGACAAGCAAUAUGUGGAGAAGAUGUUUAGCGAUUUUGAGGCAUCCACCGCUUUGAAUCGAGCGUUGAGUGAAAGCCCAAAAAAACGUAGUAAGAUUGCUGAAAUACCUUCGUCAAAACCAAGUGCCCCUCCGACAUCCAACUCCUUAUUGAGAGAAUUGAUUACAUCUCGCUUUUGCUCACAAUGCAAUGUUGCAGUAGAAGAUGUUUUCGAGCACAACGAUUUUCAUGUGGCACUUGAUCUUUCACUGAAGUUGAAUGGAGAUUCAGAUACUGCGAAAGAAGUGAAAAGCUCGCCCUCUCGAAAAACACGACUGGUGAAAAAGGGCAAGGGCAAAGGGAAAGACGAUAAGAGCCAGUCCCGUUUGCCAUUUUGA